UGGUUUCGGUAAGAACGUAACAACUAUGCCGAUCGUCCAUUCCCGAAAAUGAAAGCUAUGGCGGAUGGGCCAGAAUGUUUUUCCCUUGGAAGUGUUGUUUGUUGUAAAACUUGCUAUGACCAGGUUAUCGAGGGAGAAGUGUUGGCCUUCGACCAGCAGACCAAGGCUCUCAUGCUAAAAUGUGCCAGUUCUAGCGGCAAAGCCAAUGUCAGCGACAUACGCAUGGUCAACCUCAACUUCGUCUCGGAGUUGACCGUAAAGAAGGAAGCCGGCUCCAGUCAGCUUACACCGCCGCAGCCCUUGAACACAGAAAAGCUCAACACGAGGGCAAAACAGAACAUAGAUGAGCGACAGCGCUUGGCCGCUGCCAUUUCAGCUGGUGUGUCCCACGACGGCAUUCGCCUUUUUCUGGCCAUACGAAAAACGAUCGACGACGUCACGUGGCAGGGAAAGAAUAUAAUUGUUAUGAACCAGGUAACCAUCGUUCCAGCCUAUCGGCCAGAGAACUGCAAGGGGAAAUCGGACAGCGACGCCAGUGUGUUGCAUGUGCGCAAGAUUGUUGAGAAGCAUCUUCGGGAUCAACAGAAACAAAGCCAAGGGACACGCCAAACUUCACCGACACAACCUUCAACAAAGGCCUAAGCUCUCACUCUGUUUUGCCCCUACCCUAACACCUGCCUGCCAUUGUUUUUUUUUUCGCUCUUUCAUUCUUUUCUGCUUGUUACCUUUUUUCUUUCAGUUUGGAGAACUUUUCAGUCAUAAACAGCAUUUUACAACCAAUGAUCACAAUAGUUGAAUUUGUGUUUGGCCUCGAAGAACAGCAGGCCUGAUUGCCGUGUCUAAGAGUACGAGGACUGGUGGCAAUCGGUUUGCAAUAAAAAUUAAAAAAUGGAUAUCACUAAGAAAUUUUCAAUCACAUGUUCAUAGUGGCGUUUUUAGCUGUUAUGCACAACUUAAGUUGCAUGAGACAAAGGUGACAUACUUAACAAUCACUGCACUGACUCUUAAUCGAGUUUCCGCUACUCAAUGGGGAGUUAUAGAAAAAUUUAGACUGCUCUGUUGUUUCUUUAGGUGCCAAUAACACAGCACAAUCUGUCAGGCUAUAUCGAUACAGUUAGGGCAAACAUUUUUCAGUGACUAUUUCUUAAUUACUGUUUUUAACAAAUGGCCCUUUUGCCUUGCCAUCUAGAAAUUUGGCAUUUAUGAUGCACCAAACAUGCCUGAAAAGCCUGUGCUUCCUCAUGUUGGUUGCAAAAUGUAUUUUUAGCUUCAGUUUGCUAAUCAACAUUUGCCAUAGGGCAGCCUUACAUUCCUACCUUCUGUUUUUUUUUAACGAACGCGGGGCAUGCAAACACGCAGACACCAGAAGAAAUUCAGGGCACCACAAACACACUGAGCUCUCUGCUAUUCUAUUCUGUUUCUUGUUUUCCUUUCCAUUUCCACUUGUGUGUUGCUGCCCCCUCCAUCUCACACUGAAGGGUACCACUUAGCGAUGCCCAACUUUUCAAGACGAAGACGACGCCCAGCCUUUGUUGUUUAUGCAAAGCUGCAGCCUUGAGUGAUGCUUGUCACCACGGAGGACAAGCUAGUGAAAAGACAUGCCUUGUGAUGAAGGCACAAUGUUGUGAACUGUUUUUUUUUUUUUUUGCAUGUGGAAAAAUGAGGACGAAAGUACUGCAAUGAAAUGAAGACUUAAGGGACAACAAGUUGUCCCCAAAGAAAAAAAAAAUAUCUUGGCAAUAAAAGACGGGACUAUUACUUGU